AUGGCGGGCAGGGGUAAAACAAUCGCAGACGAGGACACCUUCACUAGUUUCCUGUUGGGCAGCAUUGGGGAGCUUAACAAGAACCGCCACCCUAAUUUCCUGGUAGUGGAGAAGGAUACCACCAUCAAUGAGAUUGAAGACACUUUCAGGCCGUUUCUAAACAGGGAUGACAUUGGCAUCAUUCUCAUCAACCAGUACACCGCAGAGACUGUUCGGCUGGCCCUUGAUGCCCACCAGAGGUCCACUCCGGCUGUCCUGGAGAUCCCGUCUAACGAGCAUCCCCAUGACGCAGACAAACACUCCAUCCUGCACAGGGCCAAGGGCAAGUUCGCUGCUGAAGACCUGCGCUGGGGCUGCUCAGCCCUUAACCCUCCUCUCGCUUCCAGGCCUCUCCCAGUUGGCCACCCUCUAUUUAAGUUUCAAGCCUUCGUUUCCAGACCCUCCCUUCCUCUUCACUGAGUGGCACAUAAGCUGUUGGGGUUCCAUUCAGGUCUAGGCUGGAUAGGGAAAGAAAGCCCUAGCAUCUCUCCACUACCUUCUCCCUAUGCGGUUAAGCAGUAUCAUUGCUGAUGUUAAAAGGAUAGUGUCUCAAAAAAAAAAAAAAA